GGACCACACACUGUGGGCUGCCGUAUAAAACCAGACGGUUCAGAGCCAGGCGGAGGACAUCGCGUCUCACUUGCAUUUGUCUUUGUCGUACUGUAUUCACUGUAAGUCCGUUAACUGCUUGGCCAUCAUGUCGCAACAAGAUGAAUCGAGGCGCGGACGUUACAACCGCGAUGGCACCUAUAACCCUUCUCCCCCAGGCGGUUCCGACAGCAAUGGUUCUGGGUCUGGCGGCUCGUCGGGGAACCACCGUCCCCCUGCUACGUUAUACCUCGGUUCUCAGUCGGAAGGUGCCCCUUCAGACACCUCUUCCGUGCACCGCAAUACUCGUUACUAUGCAACUCGUAUAGGGCAAGAUAUUCCUGUGGUAGAUCAAGCGAGGCGGCCAGACGAUUUGCCGACCCCCGGAUACUCGCGAUGCCCCCAAUGUUCCGCGUACUACAACACUUCCGAUACGAGAAUUCACGGGCACGUAUGCGGUGACCAUGAGGGCCGGCGCCGUCGGCUACAGCCCAUCCCUGGGCUUAACGAGUCUCUCAGCCCUCGGGUUGGAUCCACCCCUUCUGCCACGACGUCAAGUUCCUACAUGACCCCCGGGUCGAGCUGGCACCUGCCCAGCCCUGGUUCCUCUGAGCCCGCCCAUACCGUGGGGAGUGGUGUCUCUUACUAUUCGGGCUUGCACCCGGGUGGGAGACAUUCUGGCGAGGGUCACAGUUCCACCGGCUCGUCCGUAAGCUGGGACCCGCAUUACCCCGCCGUGCAGCCGUACGGCUACCCUGUUCAAGGUCAUGCUGGGGGCUGGGGCUCGCAUAACCCCGCCUUGUCACUUUACGGGCAGCCAGUCCCGGGCCAGCAGUAUCCACACGCCUCGAGCAUUCGGACCACCACCUCCGCACCUGCUCGGUACCCGUCUCAUGCCCAGGGAAGCGCCUUGAGCUCUACCUCUUCUCCUAGCGGCGGCUCCGGACAGCAGCCCGACACCCGCUCUCAUUCAAGUUGGCCGUAUUAGUCACGGAGGUGAUUAUCGACUCGCGCGGUUGUGCGUCUUCCGUCAAAGGUAAGUUCAAUCCCAUCGCUAUCAGCAACACCAAAGUCUGCCCUGUUGUCAUGAUUGCGUUGUACCAUGUUUUCCUUUCCUGUACGCU